UUUUCUUGAAGCUUGUUUCUGUUAUCUUUGUGUUAGCUUCAUCAUUUCUUGUUUACUUUUGCUUUGAUUUUCCCCUUGUUAUGCUAUCAUGACGAGGAAUAACAAUCCAGUUCCAGAUCCAUUGGAUCCAUACUAUGUUCAUCCUUCAGAUAAUUCAUCAACAGUUUGCGUUGCACCGCCAUUAUCAGGUGAUAACUAUCAUGCUUGGUCCAUGAAGAUGAGACGAGCUUUGGCUAUGAAGAACAAAUUUCAGUUUGUUGAUGGUACUAUCGAGAUACCAGGUAAAGAUGACCUCAAUUAUGUAGCAUGGCAGCGAUGCAACAAUCUUGUGCAUACAUGGAUCAUAAAUUCCAUAACGCCUUCAAUUGCACAGAGUGUUGUAUUCAUUGAUAAUGUUGAGGACAUGUGGAAUGAUCUUAAAGAUCGUUUCAUGAGAGGUGACAAGAUACGAGUAGCACAAUUGUAUCAAGAGAUUACAAACUUGAAGCAAGGAAGUAAGAAAAUUUCAGAUUAUUUCACUGAAUUGAGAAGUUUGUGGGAAGAGUUAGAUCAAUACAGACCCGUUCCAAGUUGCACUUGUCGUGUGACUUGUGCUUGUUUGGCUAUGAGGAAUAGCAGAUCUUUCAGGGCAGAAGAUAGAAUUAUCCAAUUCUUAAUUGGAUUGAAUGAAGAAUUUCAUGGAGUUGUCUCACAAGUAUUGCUUAUGGACCCUCUCCCUCCUAUUAACAAAGUGUUUUCCAUGGUACUGCAGCAAGAAAGAAAGAUAUGUGGAACAAUUUUUUCCCCUCUUAAUGCUACUGAAGAUGGAUCGGGAAUGGUCAAUGCUGUAGAGGGAAAACAAGGUGGAAGAGGUAGAGGAUAUAGCAAUGCUGGCAGAGGAAGAGGUAAUGGCAAAGUAUGCACAUAUUGUGGCAAACCUGGUCACACAGUGGAUAACUGCUACAAAAAGCAUGGAUAUCCACCUAAUCUUGGUCGUGGAAGUGCAUCCUAUGCUAAUCAAGCUGGAGCUAGUUCUACUCAGAGUCAGGUGGACAAGACUGAAGGCAAAUCCACAGUUGGCACAACUAGUGACAAUGGAAGCAUGGCACUAACAAAAGAACAAUAUCACAAUUUGAUGGUGUUGCUCGAAAAGAAUUCAGGAUCAGUCAAUCUUGCCAAGGGAGGAAAGGAGACAAUUGAAGAAGAUUGGUUCAGCUAAGGAGAUUGAUGGACUGUAUUACUUGGAAGGAACUUGUACUACAAGCAAGCAAGGAUUCAUUUCAAGUGUUUUCACCUAUAAGGAAUUAGAUAGAGUUUCUCCAGCCAUUUUAUGGCAUUUAAGACUAGG